CCGAUUUUGUUGGAAUCCAUUUGUUCGAACAGAACACCCAGCGUAUACAAGACAUCAGUCUUUGAGUAUUAAUGAAUGACAUUCAUCAAUUCAUUCUAUCCAUUUUAUUCACUUUCUAUUUUGUUUAUUUUUGUUUUAUUUACAUUUACAAAAUACUUCAUGUAAAAUAAAUAUAAUGUAAGCAGUGCCGGCUCAGAAGGUAGCCAUCUUGAUUGUUUAUGUUUCCAGCCAGAAAAUAAAAAAGAAUUUGAAAAGAAAUGUUGUUUCUGAAAUAAAAACAUAGUAAAAGAAAUGGACAGAUUUUCUUGGAUAUCUAGUAAUACACAACUACAAGCAGGAGAACUGCUUGUUAUACAGCAACGUGGUUUACGUAUUUAUGACGGCGAGAAUAAGGUAGGUCUAUAACUGACUAUAUUAAAUCUGAGGACUGACGCUUUUAAAAUACGAAAACUGCAAUAAUUAGAAUAGGAUAUUAUAUUGUUAUUAUUAGUUCUUUAUUAUUUAUAUUUACUAUAUAUCCAUAUAUAUAUAGUUAACAUAAUGAUAAACAAUAAUAAAAACAUGGGAAUGCCAAUAUUAACAAUAUUAAUAUAGGAUUAUUGUUGUUGAUGUUGGUGAAUUAAAAAAUAAAAUACAAAGAGCACAAAUACACAGAAAUAUGAGUGUAUCAUGUGUACGUAUAUGUCUCAGAUGUGUACAGAGUGCAGUUGUGGACUAAAGCUGGUUUUCCACUAGGCGGAAUUUCGUGCAUGGAGAGGACUUUUUCUUUGUCUUGCGACUUCUCACGUGGAACUAAUUAGAAAAGACAAAGAAAAAUUCCGUUCCAUGCACAAAAUUCUGCCUUAGUGGAAAACCGGCUUUAAGGCAUGGCUAGACCACAGGUCUCACAGGUGGGAAUUUUGUUGUCACUGGUCAGUAAAUUGCGGGCGCUUGCAAAAAAGUUUUUCAAAAAUUAUUAAAGUAAGCAAAAACAAGUAUUUGGGCCUGCACAGGGUUCGAGAUUGGAAUUUUUUUACUAGUAUCCAUUAUGGAUACCAGCAUUUCAAACUUGGUAUCCAAAUUCAAAAACCGGUAUCCAAAUAGAAGAAUAUAUGGUAGAAUCAUGAUAUUGGAUGUUCAAAACUUCAAAACACAUGUACACACAAAACCAUUAGGUAUUCUUUACUUUUAGUUCACUACAGGGUACACAGAACAUUGAUAAAGUAAGUUACAAAGUAGAAUAAAUAUGCAUUAUUUCUAAAUAUAUAAACCCUAACCAUAUUACAUAUAUAUAUAAACAUAUUAUUAUAAAUUUCCUCUGUUCUUCACCAGACUAUUUUGCUGUAAAGACUAAAAUAUGUAGCUAUAAAUAUGAAAUACUUCAAUGUCUGAUUGUAAAUUUAUUGUCACUUUAAAUUUGGUAUUCAAACAAUCAUGUGCUUCAAGAUCAAAACAUGAAAAAAUCCUAUGGGAAUUCCUAUAGGAUCCUAUAGGAAUUCCUAUAGGAAAUUGGGCCAAAAUCUAAUAGGAAUUCCUAUAGGAUUUCCUAUAGGAAUUCCUAUAGGAUCCUAUAGGAAAUUGGUCCAAAAUCUAAUAGGAAUUCCUAUUGGAAUAGGAAUUCCUUAGAUUCACAUAGAAAUUCAUAUUGGAUCAUAUAGACAUUCUUGCAUAAUCCUCUAAAUCAAACUGCCUAAAAGAGUUAUUUACCACGGUGAAGGAAAAAGAGAAACAACUAGUGAAAAAAAAAUUAUUACAGAUAAAAAUGUGGCAAAUAUAACAGGCUAUAUUUACAUAUAACAUACUAAUUUAGGCUAUUUAUCUUUUUAACUUAUGACAUAUGUUUCUUUUAUUUUCUUACUUUUAAAAAAUUUUUAGACAUAAAAUUGUACUAUAUUAUAUUACCUAUAUUAUGUAUUUAAAAAAUAGAAAAUUCUGUAUGCACUACAUAAGUUUUAUUUUCUGUCAUUCUUAUACAUGACUAUGUUUAGUUCUGAUUGCACAGCAAUGUGUUGUGGUGAAUAGAGUUUCGCACAAAGCCGUAUUAUAACACUUUCCACUGCACAAACAAUAUUAUGACCUAACAAACCAUUUGUUCAAGUCCAUUGAUUUCUUCAUGUACAUUUAAUACUGCUCCAAGCACAGCAUGCAAAUGCCACCAGAGAUCCAUCAUAUUGGAAUCUAUAAAAGGAAAACUUUAUUUAUUUGAAAAUAUAAUCAUAAUUAGUAAAUUAUACCCUAUAAAAAACUAGAACAAUGGAACAAUGCUUCCUAAACUGAGACACUCCUCAGUCAGUUAUAAGGGACUAUUAACUCUUGAUGUAAAAACAGUUUUUAAUUAAUAUUUAACAAUUAUUGAAUGAGGUUGAGCAUGAUAUGAAGAAUUAUCAAGCCCAAAGUUUGCUGUUAUCAACUGAAGCCGAAGGCUGAGGUUGAUAACCGUUACGGCAAACUGAGGGAUUGAUAAUUCUUCAUAUUGUGCAAAAACCAAUAAUUGUUUUAUUAUUUAUUAAAAAAUCAAAACAAAUGGAACCCAUUUGUAUUUUAUUUGUAUUAAGAAUAAAGUUGAUAUGACAAUUUCACAGUUGGCUGUUAGCCAAUCAGAAACCAGAAAUUUUUUAAAUAAAUAUUAAGAUUUAUCCUUUAUAUAUAAGAUAAUUUCCAUAGUUUAUUGUCAUAAUCACCAUGAAUUGCAGAGAAGAAUGCGGAGUAGAAAUGUAGCCUGAAUGCCUGAUAAUGAAAACACCCACCAAUUUCAGGUGAAUUUGCGGGUGUUUCAGGCUCUCAGCAAUUAGCUACCAGAAGCAAAAUUUGAAGCAAAGUAAAAUUUAUAUUUUAGCGUUCGCUGCUCAAAGUUUAGGAGUGUUUCAAAACUUAUCGGUAAAAUUAUGUAUAUAAUGUACAGUACCGCUCGCGCACUUUUUUGCGUAUGAUACGCGUAUCAUAUGCGUGUUGUAUCAUAUGAAUACGCGUAUCAUAUGCGUAUUAUACGCGUAGUGUAUCAUAAUAUUAGGCGUAUGCAUAUAUUAGGCGUAUGCAAUCAUACUCGUAGCGUAUCAUAUGAAUACGCGUAUCAACUACGCAGGCCUUAAAAUAUCUUUUCCAAGGCCGUCUGACAAAAUGUCCGGUGACGUUGAGUUUGGGUCGGACAUAUGUCCGAUGACUUUCAGUUCAGUUUUGACUCGGAAAUAAGUCAAAUCAAACACAAAUGAAUAAACGGUAAAUGUUGUGACGAUAUUAAAUAAUUUCUUUCAUACUUAUUUCCAAGCCAAAAUUAACUCACUUGCCAGAACAGCAGUGUUAAAAAAGACUUCGACAACUUAAGCCCGUUUUCCACUUCACCAUUUCGCUCGCCGCCCCGCGCUCGACUACGUUAAAACAACAUUUCCAGUACACCUUCUAUACAAUAGUACGUCGUACAAAGCUACAGUUCGGUCGGACACCAAUUCACUUGAGUCGGACAAACAAUAAACCUCAGUUUCACUUUGGUUGGACAGAAUGUCCGGUGGUUUCCUCUCUACGUCGGACAAUUUCACGAAUGGGUCGGACAAUGUCCGUGACCGACCUAUAUUUUAAGGCCUGACUACGUUCGAAACUAAAUUUGAUACUUGCAUAUACGCGUAUGAUAAUUGAGAAUGAUACACGUUAUACAAAACUCCGUUCAGGUAGUAAGUGCCCUUUUCGAUACAAUAUAGAGCUGAUUACGCUGCCGCACUGCCCAUACACAGUGGACAACACAGUGGUCCAUACAACACCGCGGAAAAACGUCUGCGCAUGCGUCAACCUUACCUGUAAUAGUAUUGCGAACUUGAUGAGAAGCUGUUCCGAACGUUUCCGAAGGCUCAAAAUGGCGGUAAAAAGGAGUGACUUCAUUGUGCGUCUUUACAGCCAGAUUUCAAGCGCAAAAAUAAACAUGUCAUUCUAAAAACUAGAAAUAAAUACAGCCAGAAGGUUCAAGAAAUUGUAUUGUACAAGAACAUGAACUAAAGGUGAUUGUUGACAAAUUUAUCGCCUGAAACAUUUUGUUUAUCAACUAAGCAAUGACAAUUUCCGAAUUUUCGUUUGAGAUACAUUUCUUUAAAAAAAACUGUGUCGCCAAAUAAUACACAAUAAUUAAACUUUAGGAUUUAUUCUACAAUUUGAGUGGGUUAAGAAGCUUAACUUUUCGAGAGUUUUCUUAACUUUUUAGUUUGAAUUUUUGUUUUGAAUAAUUUUGCAAGUCGUGUCCGUUAAAAUCAACAUUUUUUUACAUUGAUUUCAUUCCAUACUUUAAAUGCCAGGACGCUUUCAAUUAAUGUCUAAUCUACCCAUUUGCUAUAUUUUCUCGUUUGUUUUACUAAUUUUUGACCAAUUAAUAAGCAUAUUUUUGUUUUAGAAAUUGAUAUUCAAAUUCCCCGCCAUAUUUUCAUAAUUUGGUGCAUGCGCAGACGUUUUUCCGCGGUGUUGGUCCAUACACAGUGGACAACUCGAAAGCAUUAUGCUACUUUGUCCACUGCGCAUGACAUAAUGAAUUAUUAACUCCAAUUUAUAUCUACUACUCACCAUAACCUAUAGUUAUUACUCUUCACUUUUGUAAAUAAUCUAUAUGACGUGCGCAACUUCAAUAAUAUUGUACACACCGGACGUGAUUCGACAACGCGACGCGAUUUUCCAUUUUCAUUGAACGAUAACUUUGAUCCUAGUUUAAAUUUUCCAAAUAUUUAGAAGCGCUAUAACAUUUCGAGUUAUUUGGUCUACAUAUCUUUUAAAAUUUGCUUUCAUUGGCUGUUUUAUUAAUUAACUUUCAAAAACUAAAUUGUCCAAUCGCGUCCGGUGUGUCUGGACCUUAAGACACCGUGCACGAUGUUUUAAUCAGAUAGCCUAUAGAAUAUAGGUCCUGAGAAAAUUGUAACAGCGUUGUCUCCUUAUCUACAAACAGUCUGAAAGUAAUGUUCACAAAACAGGCGGUGGCCCAAGUUAUUUAAUCAACAAUUAUUACUAUUAUCAUUAUUACCUAGAAUCCAACUAUACAGUAGGUUGGUGCUUAUUGAAUAUUGUAUUGUAGCUCAGUUUAAAACUCCCAAUAUACGUGUAUGUACAGUAUACCUGUUUCGGAAUUAAUAGGCGAAUUGUAGCCUAAUAGCGCCUAUAUAUGAUAUGCGUAUUUGCAGGGCGCUACAAAACACGUCUUUUAUAGCGCCCUAAUAUUUCAAUUGUUUUUAAUGCGUAUUCGUAUGAUACUCGCGUUCGUAUGAUACGCGUAUUCGUAUGAUACGCGUAUUAAUUCGUAUGAUACGCGUAUUCGUAUGAUAUACGCGUAUUCUAUGAAACACCGUACGAGUAUUCGGCACCGGGAGAGUUGACAGGUCUGCAUUAAUGGGUUAAAUGGAUCUACUAGAUAGUUAUUGUCAACAUAAUUUAUAUACAGUAGGUUGUAUAGUGAAUUUUGUUUCAUCAUAUUAGUGUUUGUAUGUAAAAAUAGGCGAGCCCUUGUAAGAAAUUACAUAAAUAACAGAAUUGAAAUAAUUUCAUACUUUAGACAAACUUUGAUAAUGGUAAUCUGAUGUUGACGUCACAUGCUUUGAUUUGGGAAGAUGAAGAGCAACAGGUGAUAAUACUUCAUGUUUUUCAUUUUUGUCUUAAAAAUCAGAAGAACUAGGUUUCCCAGGAAACAUUGCUUCUGGGUGAAUGUCCUGUUAUCUUGUUAUCGAGCUGUCUUGUUAUCGUCGCUACCUACUCUGGCACAGGCCGAAAGCCCAGAGCCUUGAAGUUGAAAUCUAUGUUCUAUUGAUUCAUACUAAUUUUAUAGGAUAGAAGAAUUCGAUUAGGUCUUGAAUUAAUUACAAGAACAGAGGAACAUGCAGCAGGAUUUAUGAAAAGGUAAUAAAUUGUGUAAAUUAUAUAAAUUAAGAUAUUUUUUAUUGGAAUAUUUUAUUACUGGACUUAUAUAAAGAUAAAUUAUGCAAACCAUUUGCUUAUUACAGUAUUAUACUAUUGUUCCCAGUAAAUUGCGAAACGACCGUUUUUUAGGCGGUUUGUCAGUGACAGUUUCGCCAAUUACGAAGGACAUAUUUGUGUACCUCGUGAUCACAAUUUGUUGCAAGCGGCGUGUGAAAAACUGCAAGUUUUAGUUUGACAGUUCUGACAGUUAAAUGAGUUUCUAAUUUUAUUGUCCAAUCAGAUGCGUAGUUUUGAAUUUUAAAUCAAAACUACGCACCUGAUUGGACAAUAAAAUUAGAAACCAUUUAACUGUCAGAACUGUCAAACUGAAACUUGCAGUUUUUCACACGCCGCUUGCAACGAAUUGUGAUCACGAGGUACACAAAUAUGUCCUUCGUAAUUGACAAAACUGUCACUGACAAACCGCCUAAAAAAAUGGUCGUUUCGCAGUUUACUGGGAACAAUAGUACAUCUUGCAAAGAUUAACCAGCCACUCCCUACCCUCUAUGGUGUGUUUGUAGGCUCCAGGCCCCCACAACAAACUCAUCCAAUGAUUGUUGAUAAAUCCAAAAACUGCAGAGGACCCACAUACCUCUUCUCAACCUUCUCUGAUGAUUCUAGUCAGCAAGGGGAAAUUGUUGGGCAAGAAUGGGCAAUAUACUACAUUACAUUUUGGAAGUUGUAUGUACUGUACAGUAUUUACCAUAUAUGAGCGGCUGUGUUGUAUGACUUGUAUUGGAUUUACAACAUGGAUGAGAAUGUUGUAAAUAGCUUGUGAAAUGUCUUGAUGAGAGAAAUUUAUAAUAAAUUAAUGAUAUUUGGUGAGAAAAUUGAACUUAAAGUUUAUGUAAAUCAGCAUGAUUCUGUAUCAGAUAUAUAAACUCCUUCACGCUCAUGACUUUUUUGUACGCCAACCGAAAUUUCAGAGCAAAUAGCGAAGAUCUGAAACUAUCUGCAUGCAAAAUUUCAUCACAGCAGUAUAAAUAGUUUCGGAAUGGAAUCAAUUCUCCUUUUUUAUUUUUAACGGUCUAAAUUUAAUGAAUUUCACAAUAUAAUUAUAUUUACUGCCAACGUGUUGAUGAAUAAAUCUUUAUUAUUACUUUUAGUGCCAAAAUAUUUCUUUACUUGAAUCCUCCACUGGCCAGUAAAGAUCCUGGUCCAUUUAGUUCAAGUGCGUUCACGUAUAUUAAAUUAUCAUUUCGCUCUGGAGGUCACACUGAGGUAUUUAUUUACUGUACUCAUUUUGUGCAUGAAACGCAAAUUUUUUGUCAGUUUUGUAUGGUUAAGUAUGGUACUGGUUAUAGGUCUAACGUCUACUAGUUAAUAUAGGUCUAAUACUGUUAUAUGUAUUGUCAUGAGUAAAUACCCCAUAUGAUGGCCAAAGGGUGCCGACAAUAACGUAACAAUAGAAAGAUUAACAUCAAUUAGCAUCAUUAACAUCAAUUAGCGAUGACGAUAUCAUUAAAUAAAUGUUAAUUAGCGAUAUCGAUUUUAAAAUAACAUUAACAUGCGAUCAUUCAGUGAACGAAUAGCAAGAGCAUAUAGAGUAAUAGCACAUGGCCUAAGCACGACAGUUUUUUGGAGGGUAUAGCUCUGUUGGAGAGGAUGCACGCUACGUUUAGUAAGGCUGUAACCACGAACUGAAGUCAAUUUGGCUGUCAAGUAGGUACUCAAGCUACCGACCAACGACUAUCCCGGCUUGGCAAAUCCCAAUGAUGUCGAGAAUUCACCUCUCCAAAGACAGAACUAUUGUCACACAAAGUGGAAACCGGAAUACAAAAACGAACAAAAAAAAACCACACAAAUACUUACCCAAGUGACGGAACAUACAACACCAAACAAUAAAUAAUACUCCCUGACAAAGCAAAGAUAACAAUACCAUAGCUGAAAAGAAUGAAAAGCUCUGCAACGCAGUACGUGACUACAAAAAAGCAGAUUAGUGUUAAAACCAAUUUGAGUAACAAGGGGAAUAAUCAUCCAGAAUAGCUGGAGGUAUGCCCGCGAGCGGGCGCGGCAAGUAAGCACAACGAAAAAAUAUCCAACAGGACAACAAUUGGCGUAAUCGACAGCGCACCCCCAAAACACGAGACGUAACAACAUAAAACGCAAGUAUUACGUAGACUACGAGAACAAAGAAAAGUGACUGAACACAAUAAGCUACCCAGGGGUGCGCCUUGAUUGUCGGCCAAAACAAUACAUUACAGUACUCCAAUUAACGAUACAGGCACCUCUGAUCAGCAGCGACCAGGAAACGCUGAUACUAAUAUUUACCCAGACCUCCGCUGGUUUGCAAUAACUGAAAGCAUAGAAUGUAAAGCAACCCAUAGAAGCCAACAAAAGCGGGCAGACACUCCCAGCAAGCGGGUUAGCACCAGCAGAACCCCCCCCCCCAGAAAACCAGUGCGAACAAGCAAUGUCCUCCCAAAAAAGGGGUGGGUGGGUGGGGACGUUGUGAACUUGAAGGUCUGCAAGCAAUGAGCUAUACCUGUGAGCUCCACGGCUUAAAUAAUCUCGGUAAACCUGCAUAAUAACUAAUAUGAAUAUAUAAUUAUAUAUACAUAAACAACACGCACACAUUCGUUCUCGAAGUUAAUUAUUUUUAUUGCAUAAAAUCAUAUAUAGUGAUACCGUUAUCAUAUAUGUAAAUAACAACACGGCCAUAUCGAGACCAUUAAAAUAACAACAACGAUGUCAAUAAUAUUAUAAAUACUAGGUAGUAGCAAAAUUGAUAAUGCAAUUUGAUUUUCAUCGCAAAAGUUUUCGUAUGAGAAUCUCAGUACAACAAUCGUAUCAUUGAUUAUGGAGCGCCUGCAAGGAAAACAUGAAAGUGUAAAGACUAAAGGUAACCUGGAGGUAAGAACUAUCAUCGGACAUUUGAUCAAGUUAGUUUUUAUUGAAUAUAUGCGAAGGAAAAUUGAAGAAUUACGACAAGUUACAUUUAGCAAACAAGACCCACAGAAUAUAUGCAUGGUCAUCACUUAGAAAAGAUUGCAGGGAUAGUGAAAAAAUGAAGAUUGGAUUUCGUAUACAAAAGCCUCGUCGGAAAUAAACUUUGAAGACAUUUGGCAACGUUGUCUAGUAGGCUUCAAGACUGUUGACUUUCUUAAGUUAAUGUGACUUCUGAAUAUAAACAUUAUUUAGAAACGUUAUGUGCCUUGCUAUGGUACAAGUGGAUAGAAUUGUGUGAAGAAACAGAAACAACAACGAACUUGCAACAUUUAUUAAAUUGCGUAUUUACAAUGUAGUAGAAAAUUUAUAGAAUAGUCUAUAUUCUUGUAGUAGAAAGCAUAUUGACAAAUAAAACAAUGUAGCACCGAAUAUUGUACGUUUUUUUAAUUGUUCAUGGUUGUGUUUCAGCAUUCCAUCUUUAACCAUACCAGAGCCAUUCUGUAAUCUUUGUGACACUGACAUAGUGCAAGAAGCCGUUCGAAUAAGUGUAGACGAUUUAAAACAAUUUGAUUUAGCGAGUAAAAUGAAGCUAUGAAGUAAAAUUAUCUGGUUUACAUGCAGGUAUAAACUGGCUGUUGAGAAAGAUCGUGACUCUAUUUUUACGACCAUUCAAUGACCAUAUGGAAACCAGGCUUUACGACAUCGCCCAAACGCGAUUAUGCUGAGUUUGCAAGAAACGGGCUUUAAGGAGAAUGGCAACCAGCCAAAACAGAACGGUGAUGAGUUUGGGUUAGCGUUGUGCUUUUCGGUUUGCUUGUUAGAUUUGUACGUCUCCAAACAAAAGAGGGAUUGUAAGUAUCGUGCUAAAUGAAAAGAGCAGUGGAGUACCAUACCACAACGAUGUGAGCAGGAUACCCAAUUUUUGUGGAUAUACCAUAUAAAAUUAAUUGCAAUACCAGUACAAAACAAAUUAUUACAAAACGUCAGAAUAAAAAGUACAGAUUAUAGUGUACGAUAAGCGUGUAAUUUCUGAUAAUAUUUUUAAUACACAAUUCCUUAUGGAUUUUAACUAUUGUUAGUUCGAUUUCAGUUUAUCAUACAUUCGUUUCUUGUCAGUUGAUGCGUUUUUCAGUGUUGGUUUUUUUUGAGGUUCAAUAUUCGAGUUCAAUUUGUAAUUACCAUUUACAGUCCCAGUUCUCUCAGCUGUCGCAGCUUGUCCAUCUUCCAUUAUGAACUUUUGAUAAAAUUCGUAAUAGCGUUCAUGAAAAUACUUAUUCAUUUGCCUCAAAAACUCCAGCUCAGUCUUCAUUCUUUGGCGAUAUCGUCUGUUGUUUAGAAUGCAUUGUUCUCGCCUAUUCAAGGUAACAUAUAUAGUAUAACUUUGAAAUGCCGUGUCUGCCGCAACCUGUGUAUCUUCUGUAGCGAACGUUUGAUAGAUUUCCGAAUGGUUUUGCAUGAAAUACUGCUUCAUUCGCCGCAGAUAGUCUAUCUCUCUCUUCAUUCUUUGGCGAUAUCGCCUGCUGUUUAAAAUGCACUGCUCUCGCCUGUCCAUGGUAACAGUAUGAUCAAUUUGAAAUUGCGUCCCUCUUAUAUAGUGGAGAACACUGUCAUUAUAAGUUCGUUCACUUUGAAGUGGCGCUGGUCGAUUGUUUAACCAUUCUAUACUUAAGUUAAUUAUUAAUAAGUAAGGUAAUUGACUGCAAUAAAUUAUCUGCUAAUUGUUGCAUUUUGGUAAGCGGCAAGUCCUUCAAAGUAAGCGGCUCUUAUCCUAAUUUUUCUCAGUGUAUUAUCUCUGUAAAUACUAUAAAUUUUGUGUGAAAAUAUAUAUUUUCAAAAUCAACUGACGUAUUUGCUGUUUUGGUUUUGAGAGGGUUAUGUUGUUAGUUUUGAAUUUAAUUCAAAGAAUCAGGCUACAAUGCCGCAAAAAGAAAGACCCUAAUGGACUGAAUAAUUUGCUGAUCUGGACUUGAUCGCCACGGUGAUAUCGAGAUCAUAAACAUAACAACAUUGUGAUACCGAUAUAUGCUUUGAAUAACAACAUAACGAUAACGAUAUCACGAGUGUUGGGGAUGACCCCACCGACACAGAGUUUCGGCUCAUAAGGCUGGAAAAAAGCCUUCCAUGUCAUAUUAUAGCAGUGCAUGAAUAUGAUAUGAGCAGGGUGUUCCUUGCGCUCAUGGGCAGACUCAAAGUCUGUGCUCAUACACUCAUAAGACUCGAUGGUGAUGACUUGGCACUUGCCUGGACGUGUUGUGCGUAUGUGCAUAUGAGCAGGGUGCUCCUUGCGCUCAUGGGCAGAGUCAAAGUCUCACUCAUACGUUCAUAAGGUAAGACUGCAUGUGACAAUGAUACAGAAUGACUCUGGUAUGCCGAGUCAUUGUUAGAGACGGAAUGCUGAAACACAACCAUGAACAAAAAAGUACAAUAUUCGGAGCUACAUUGUUUUAUUUGUCAAUAUGCUUUUCUACUACAAGAAUAUAGACUAUUCUAUAGAUUUUCUACUACAUUGUAAAUACGCAAUUUAACAAAUGUUGCAAGUUCGUUGUUGUUUCUGUUUCUUCACACAAUUCUAUCCACUUGUACCAUAGCAAGGCACAUAACGUUUCUAAAUAAUGUUUAUAUUCAGAAGUCACAUUAAGAAAGUCAACAGUCUUGAAGCCUACUAGACAACAUUGCCAUGCAAAUGUCUUCAAAGUUUAUUUCCGACGAGGCUUUUGCAUACGAAAUCCAAUCUCCAUUUUUUCCACUAUCCCUGCAAUAUUUUCUAUAUAAUUGAUGACUAUAUAUUCUGUGGGUCUUGUUUGCUAAAUGUAACUUGUCGUAAUUCUUCAAUGAUCAUAUGUCCGAUGAUAGUUCUUGCCUUCAGUCUAUACCUUGACACACUCAGGUUUUCUUUGUAGGCGUGAGGUUCAGAUUUGACGUCCACUACCGCUACCGCCUACCAUUAAGCGACAAUUAGCCAAUCAGGUGCGUUUGAUAUAUUCGAUUAACCAAUCAGAAGUGCAUUAAGCCAGUGAGAGGUAGUGCACUAGCUGUAGCGGUAGUAGAAGUCAAAUCUGAACCUCUGUUAUUUAUAUAUAUAUGAUAAUGGUACCACCAUAUUGUUUUUUUAAUAAGAUUGAUAUCGCUAAUUAUUAUGAUCGCCAAUUGAUGUUCAUGGAGCAAAUUGUUGUUAAUGACUUUUCUAUCGUGACGUUAAUUUUUCUAUUGUGACGUCAUUGUCGCCGGGCGAGUUAUCUAUUGUCAUGAUAUAUUUUUCUGUAAAUAUAAAAUCGUGAAUUUACCGUUAUUCUAUAUAAUUAUUAUUUGUAUGCAUGUGUGUGCAUGUUUAGUUCCACAAACUAUUGGAACAACAACUACAGAAGAAGGCUUGGUUACAAGGAAAACCAAAAGAAGUUGUUGCACCCAGAGUAAGUUAAUUAUACCCUGAAUGUAUCUAAUAUUUUCAGUUUACUUUUAAUAAGUGGGUGUCAGUAAGGAUUAUGGGGCGAACGAUGGUGCAGUGACGGACACAUGGGGUAGGGGGUGGGGUGGGAGCAACCUCCCCAAUAAUUUCCGAAAUCUUUCACUGACAGCUGAAUAACCGUGUAACAAAACUGUGACAAUUAUUUUUUGACCGCGAAAGCCAGUAGUACACACGCAAAAAUCUCACAUCUUGCAGCAUGUAUGCCAACAAGUCGUCAACAACUUGUACUUGCACUGGUUGUCGUUGUCAACAAGUUUGGAACAAGCUGUUACAUCUUGUAACAACCUUAUCAUCAUUGUUGCAAGGUUGUUACAACAAGUCCGAUACAUGCAGUUAUUGUAUAACAAUAUUGUUAAAACCUUGUACAUGUCGUCGACCUUGUAAGCAUUCUUGUUAUAUCAUGACUGUAUCACACAUGUUAGAACAAAUUUGUAAGUUAACAAGUCUGAUAAUGUCAUCAAGCUUGUUCCAAGUUGUUAACAGCUUCGGUUCCAAACUUGUUACAAUAACUGGGAACAAGCAGUGCGGACACAGUUGUCGACUUCUUGUGAACAGAUUUAUAACAACUUGUUUGCAGACCUGUAACAAGUUUUAUAUUUUUACGUGUGUAGGCUAUAGAUUAAACUAUAUACAGUAUUGUAUGAGAUUUAAGGAAAAAAGUUUAAAAAACAAUUUUUGGCCACAAAUGCGAAAAAACGCGCAGAAAAUUUAAAAUGCACGGAAACCUAUAUGCGAAGUUACGGUUUAGGCAAAAAGCAUUAACUUUGAUAUUCUAACUUGUUAAUUAAUAGCUACAUAUUUUAGGACAUUUAUCAGCUGUUAAAUUAGUUAUCAAAAAUUGCCUGUCGUGUUGCGGUCGUGUUUCUAAAGGUUUCGUAUCUGUAUAGGUUCACAGGCGAGGUCCUGGGAUUGUUGGAAUUGAAAGAAACUUGGAAGAAAAGUCACGUGCGACAGGCAAGACAAUAACUCAGGUACUAUGCAACCUAUCUGGGCAAACUAUAGGAAAAAUAUGUCGGAAACAUCUGAAUUAAGUGCUAACUGAGAUAUUUGCCUGCCCACCUCAGAGUGUUUCCCACAAAUUCAGGAACAUAAACAUUUUGUUUCCCAUGCAAGUGUGAUUAGUGUUCCUGGUUUCCAAAUUCCAACCUUCGGAAAAAAUGACCAAAAUAUAAAUGUUCCCCAAUAGUAUUUCCUGUAGUUUGUUGCUUAUACGACGAUAAUCGCUUUACAACGUUUACAGAAUAGUAAUACAUGUCUAAUUCUUUCUUGAUUAUCAUCAUCAUCAAACAUUUAAAUGCAUGUAUUAAUUGUCCAACAUGGUGUUUCAGGCGUUUAAAGAUCUGGACGCUUUAAUGGAAAAGGUGAGAAUUAUUAAGUGUAAAUUAUAUUGUGUUAAUUAUAAUGAUGCUUUCUAAAGACUGAAAUGCAUACGUUAAAAUGCACAGGAAUUAGGGCAGCGUGGCAUUUUCAAGACAGUAUACUGUACGCGCGAGAAAGAUGAGUUGAAAUUUUCAUUUGUUUGUACUACAUACAACCGGGUUUAUAUGUAGUAGAUUUUGAAAUUUACUAUUCCUUCUGAAGAUCCAGUACUCUUUUUUGUCUCUGAGAUCCUGUUCACAGACUAAUGUCUCUUACAAUUGUGACGUAUAAAGCCUCAAAAACCUUUGAACUGAAGUCCAUAUAUGUAGCAAAGAUAUUUAGCAAACAUGCACUUCUGUUGUUAACAGGGUUUUAUUUACAGUCCAAGAAUCCAUCAGAAUAGGGUAAAUUUCGACCACUGAAAAGCAGUUUUAUUAAUUGUAGCGAUUUGAAACACUAAAAAGGUUUAAAAAAAAGAAGGCAUUAGCCUAGUUUUUUAGUUAUAGUUUAUGGAUGUUUAUUAUAGCGUAUAGUAUCUCCCUCCUCCGCAGACUGAGGCUGAUUAAUUUAGAAAGAAUUUCGUGAAGCGGUUAUUUUCACUUUUUUUACCUCUAGCCCAUGCAAUUACGUAAUUCUUUCUAAAUUAAUCCUUUAAAAGUCUCUGCGGAGGAGAGAGGCGUAGUAUCAACAAAACGAUACGGUGCUGAUUUUCUAUGUGGUUUGAUGUAGAUUACUAACGAGGUAAUCUUACCUUCAGGCGAAGGAGAUGGUUGCUUUGGCAGAUAAAUUUGCGUCAAAAAUAGAGGAGAAGAAAGGAAGCAUAACUGAAGAUGAAGUAAGUUGAGAUAUUAUGUUUGUCGCAACAAAAGUGUUGCAAGACUUGAUGAUUGCGAGGCAUGUUACACCUUGCAACUUUGCGUUCAACUUGUGUCGUAACAAAAUUGCGAGACAAGUUGCAUAGUGUAACGGCGCCUGAAUGGAGUUGGUAAUAAACACGAUGCUCUAUAGCCAAGAUGUCCUACUUUCUGGAAGAUGUGUUGGUUCUAUCCUGUGAUUCCAGAAUCGACCGUUUUCUCUGGUACUGCGGUUUUCCUCUCUGAUCAAAAACGUAUAAGCCUUAGUUGCCGAGCACAUCAUCAUCUGACUCGGGUGAAUUGGGCAGCAACACCCUGUGUAAUCAACAUUAAAUAUUUACGUUAUAAUAUACAAUAUAAUCAGGGGCAAAACUAGCCCCUUUUAAUUAGGGGGGUGUCUGCUAGAAUUGCCCUGCGAAAGCCGAUGAUGCCCUGCAAAAUUUUUUUUUGGCCACUAUUUCUCCCAAAAAUGUUGGCAGGGGGGGGGGUAUAGGUCGACAUUCAAAAAAGGGGCGACAAAAUUUUUCCGGACAUAAACCAAUUAAAUUAAGGGUCAAAAAAUUUUUUCGGACAUAUUCCUGUUAAAACAUGCAUGAAACCCUUAUUUUUUUAACAAUAUCUGUAAAAUUUAGGUCUAUAAAUUCUAUUCAAUUCCCUCUGGAAGCCCUGGAAGCUACUUAAUAACUCUACAUUCUAUCAUUUAAAAUCUUUCAUUGCCCUGCCAAUCCAGAUGAUUUGCCCUGCCAAUCAAGAUGAUUUGUACUUUGGGAGGGGGGGGGGGUCACACACACCCACACACACACCCUCAAGUUUCGCCCCUGAAUAUUAUGAAUAAAUUCAUAAGAAAUAUGAUUAAAUAGGAAAUAUGAUUAAAAUAGCAAUGUGUUAGAAAUUGGGCGUGUUUAAUAAAUGUAAAGUUUUUCUUUUUAGACUAUUUUAUUUAAAUCAUAUCUUCUUAGUGUUGGAAUUUCAAAUCCUGUAACAAGGUUAGUGAAAUCGUAUAGCUUUAAUUGUAUAGUAUUUGUGCGCUUGUAAGAUGAUUGUCUUUUUUGUUGUAACUACAGUCUGUUUUAGAAUUCUUGCUUUUUGUACAAGCAAGUUAUUAAAUUUCAAAAUUAUAAGGUUUUUCUGUAUUUUCUCAGAGAAACGCAUGGUAGUGGCACAACUUACCAUAAGGAAUUGGCAAAACAAUUGGAGAUAUUUUUAAGAGAACAAUUAAAGGUUUGUCACAUCAACAUAAAUUUGCGAUUCAAAAAUAUAAUAUAUAAUUUUUGAUUUUCGUUCCUGGGCAUGUACUGUACGUAUUGAAACAAUGCAGGAAACAAGUGCAACACUGAAAACAAUAUUUUUUUAAAUAUUUUAUUUAGUUUGUUACUUGUUAGCAAUCAUUUGCAUCCACCAUUAUUAUAUAGCAAAUGUCAAAGUUCAAUUUUCCUGUUUGCCGAUUGGACAAAACGGUAUCACGUGCCGGUCCACAAAACGUCAUGUUCACUGCAUGCUUUGGCGAGGGGGGCAACAAUGAAACAAUUAUUGACCGGUCAAUAAUAAAACCGGAAGUGAGGCGCGAGCUGUUCGCGUCAACCAGCAAGUUCAAAGUUCUUUCAAGAGUUUCAGCAGGUCUGCCGGUCAGUUUAAUUACAGUUUUGGAAUACCAGGUGAAUUAAUGAGACUUUGACAGUUGCUAUAUAAUAAAACACUUAUUUACUGAGACCUCGGGAAAACAGUCUGUUACGACUAAUGUCCCCUUUCUUGACUUUAUCAGGACGCUGGGGGUAUGAUGACUCUAACUGACGUCUAUUGUAGAUUUAACCGAGCAAGAGGAAUGGAGGUGAGCUAAACAUUUAACCUUUUUAAUAUAUACAACUAAAUUAAUUAUAAUAACUUCGUCCUCUGAAGUUCGAAAUUUACAAUCGCAAAACCUCUGCAUGUAAGCACGAAAAGAGCAAUGGACGUAUUUAUGUACAUUUCUUAACACUUCUAUUUGUUUGUAGCAUUUUGCACAACACAACUUCCAUGCUGCAUGGCCACAAAUAUGUUAGCCUGAACUCAGACGUACGUUUUACUGCCUUAAAAUUCCGGUUGCCCCCAGCAUCCCCCCCCCCCCCCGCAAAUUUUUAGGCAGCGAAACGUACGUCUGUGCUCAGACUACCUAUUGAUAUACAGCUAAUUCAAUUGGUUGUCCUCUGAAAACUGCAAAACUUCGACCUCUAAGCGAAAAAAGCACAAUGGGCGUGUUUAUUAUUAAGAGAUUGUUUAUGCAUGCAGGUCAGCACAUACUGUAUGCAAGUGAAUUUAAUUCCCAAAGGAGUUAAGCAUGUCUCACAAACAACUUUCUUUAACGUUAAAAAUCCAUUGAAGUAGGUUAGACGAGCAAAUAAAAUAGGCCGAGGCCAAAACGGCUUGUGAGACGUAGCAACCAUAACUACGGUGUGUCGAGCUAUGUGUAUAUACAGCUAAUUCAGUUAGGGUUGUCCUUUCAAACUCAAAACCUCGAUCUCUAAGCAUGCAUACAGUAUACAUACUGUAUGCAUGCCCAUCGUGCUUUACGAGCUUACAGGUCGAGGUUUUGAGUUUGAAAGGACAACCCUAAUUGAAUUAGCUGUAUACACUUUCUAAAACAUCAACCUUUUAAUGUAUCUUACACACACAAUUGCUCAUUUACUGUACGUACUUGACGUAUAGUUUCAUACAUUCUCCACUAAUGUGUGAACGCUAGUUCUGCACUGAACGCUAUAAGUAUGUAUUACUUCUGCAUCACAGAUUAUCUGUAAUUAUAGGACGAGGUUGAGCUGAAUAUUGAGAAAGCCGCAGGCUGUGGCUGAUACCACAAACUGAGGCCUUGAAAAUUCUUGAUAUCACGCGAAAACCGAAUUUCUAUAACAAAGACGUACAAACAUGACUUUACAUGCACGUAAUGUCUUUAACGAUAAUUUUCAGCUUGUUUCUCCAGAGGAUUUAGUCAACGCAUCUCGACAAUUCGAGUCUCUUAAUCUUCCUUUAAGGUAACUACAGUAUAUGUGAAGUUGUGUAUAUUUUAUUUUGUAAAAGAUCGGUUGCCUUGAUGGUUUACAUCAAUGGCUGCAAUGUUUUACCCGUUGAUUAGGUUGGUAAGAUGAUUAAAUUUGGUCUCGUAGAACCAAUGUUAUGGCUGUUUUGAAAAUAAAGUCUGGUUCACGCAAUGGACCUUUGAAAUCAUGCAUCAGUUGUGUUAUUUAUAUUAGAGAGAUUCAGAUUUGACUUUCACUACAGCUGCUGCUACCAUUAAGGGCAUUAACCAAUCAGAUGCGUUUGGUAUAUCCAAUUAGCCAAUCAGAUUCGUACAAAGCCAGUGAGAAGUAAUGGUAGCGGAAGUCAUAUCUGAACCUUUCUAUUGAUAAGUUUGAUGACCUCUUAUACUAUAACAGUGCAUGCAUGAUUAUACUGAACAAAUUUUAAUAAUUUUAACGUCAACAUUCAUCUCUUAUAUUAAAUUUUCGAUGCCCACUUCUAAUUAUAGCUGUGUACACGUCAUUUGACAUGAUCCAUAAUCGACUGUAAAUAAAACAAUGCACGCCAUCUCCAUCAUUCAGUGCUAAUAAUAUAAUUAAGUAAUAUAGCAGAUGACUAUAGGACUGACUACAGUCUUAGAGUUCUCUGCUUGAACUGAGACUAUAACAGCGAGUAAGUGCUUUAUUUUAACUGAAGUUUAAUUAAAGAUGACGUUGUAUGUUUUCUCAAUUCACAUUUUCUAGACUACGUUCAUUUGAUAGUGGAGUGUUGGUCAUUCAGUCUUCAAAUCAUAGUGACGAAGAGGUUAUUAGAGACACAAGGGAAAAGGUAAGUUAUUGCUGCCGAGCGUCAGCGAGGCAGCACACUAUUCUUGACGUGCUAGGGUUUCCCCAGAGUCCUUUCGACCCAGUCUUUCGCGUGACCUAUGUAUUGUCGAGAUCUCGACUUGUGUCUGUCUGUCCAUUUUUCCAGGGGAAAUAAUUAAGCUUCAGGGACAUUUUUUAAAUGAGGGGGGCGGGCAAAUAUAAUUAUAUUUUGUAUUGCGCACACUGCAUGCUUUCAAUUCUUCUCAAGAUUUUACGAGCUUUUUAAUAUGGAUGCAAAUUAAACGAUCUACAAUAUUUAGAAUAAUUCAGGUAAGGAUGGUUUUAUUUCUUUCUGUUGACAUACAUGAAAGCGUUGAACUUUUUAGUAUUCGAUAAAAUAUAACAUACUGCCAUAGUGUUUCAUAUGUGAUUUGUACUUUAAUAAAAUAUAGGAGUAUUUCAUGAGUUUAUUAACAGCCCACUAGGCACUAGCUUAGCCACUAAUUGAUUGGUCAAAACAACAUUUAUAAGGUCAUUCAAUGUCCUCAUACAAGGAGUCAAAGUGUACUAAAUGCCUUUAGCUUUGUAUGUUUGUGUAGCGGUUUGUCAAGGCGAUAAUUCUAGAAUCUAGAGUUUAGCAGCGUGCUUAUAAAUCCCGGCAGCACUUUUUAGAGCUACAAAUGUAGAUUAUUCUCAAGACAUAUAUUAAUAUGUUAAUUGGUCUGUUUUAUUUUUAUAUAUCCUCAAGAUAUGUUCAUAUAUUAAUCGUCUGUAGUGCAUGACUACAUUUCAGGGUAUAUUUUCUCAAUCUGCUUACAAUUUCUUUCCUGUUUAAAUGUUAUAUAGUUUUACAAUUCUGACUGAGUAAACAGAAUAAUAUGGAUGCAUUGUAAUCACUGAUCUAAUAGUAGACUAUCAGAUCAGUGAUUAUAAUGUAAUGGAUGUCAAAAAGUUCAUCUUAAUUUUACUUGGGUGGAUCUGUAAACACUGACAACAAAGUACUGUAAUUGCAUUGCAAAGAUAGUCUAGAUAGAUCCAGCCACUCAGUUGUGCAUAUGGUUGUUAUGAAUUUCAGUGAAGCCGAUACCAGACCCCCAGGUUUUUAAAUGGCCUGAAAUUGAAGAAAAUUCACAGUCGAAUAGGGUUAGGAGUAGGGUUAGGGUACUAAGUCAUUGAACCGACAAAGACAGUUAAUUAAGCAGUGACUCGUACAAUUUACUCAGACUCGGAUUUGACUCGGUAAACCGACAAGCUCCGAAAUUGAAUAAAAUUCACAGUCGAAUAGGGUAGGGUACGUUAGGGGUGGGGUUAGGAUUAGGGCUCUAAGUCAUUGAACUACAAAGACCACUAAACAGUGACUCGGAUUUGACUCGGUUAAUCGACAAACUCCUUUCUGGGCUUGUAAGUUUCAAGAUUUUCUUGCGGGCAUGCCCCCAAAUCCCCAGGGUGCAGAGAUUUCAUCUCAGCACCAGCCCUCCCAAUGGUAAAAUUGUUGUGUGUUCCAUAAGUUUCCAUAGUAGGUAGUCACUAGUGACAAUAACACCAGAAAGCUGUGGAUUGAGAAGGGAUUGCAAUAACACCAGAAAGCUGCAGAUUUACUUGCAUUUUUCAGGUGUAGUUGAAUCCCUCUCCAUCCACAGGUUUCUGGUGUAUACUCAGUCUGAAUGUAAAUGUUAAGGUUGCUAUGAAUAAUGACAAUUAUUAUUAAUGUUAAAAUCUGAAUAUUUUGACACUGGAAAUGCAAACAUGUGGUCAUUGUUGUGUGCCUUCAGCAAUGUGAAUAAAUCAAAUGCUAAAACAAACCACUUUAUGAUUUUGAAUCUUCUUCAUUAUGGUUUAAUAUUUGCAAUCAGGGGGAAUAACAACUUCUGGCCAUACGGCAGCAUUUCUCCCUUGCGAUAGUAACUUCUAGUAAUAAAGAGAAAAGUGACAAAGGAGUUCAGAAAAAUUCAUUUACUGAUCAUUCGUCGUCAUAGUGAUAGAAUCCAGCUAAGAUUUUGUACAGAUUUUAAAAAUUCAAAAAUAUGCACCGAAAUAUUUUUGUUGGAGCAGGUACCGUUUGGAGGGGGAGGGGGGGGGGAGAGAGCCUGCAGUAAAACCCUGCUUUUGUGAUUAAACGCCCUAAUUUCUGUCCGUUAGAAUUAACCAACACAAAUCCACCUGAAAUAUGGGAAAUCCCGCACCGAAAGAAAUGUAAUGACUUGUCGCAUCAAACAAUUCUUGGCGUUGACCAAUCAAAUUCUACAUACAAGAAUUGAACAUCAUUUAUUCACAAAAACCGGGUUCUAGUGCAUGUCUCUUUUCCCGUUCCACUUACCACCCGUGCCCGCUCCAACGAGGGUCAUUUACCCAGGUACACGAUACCGAAUUACUUUUCAUAUCAGAUUGUCUAUUUCAGUCUGAUACAAAAUUCAUCCCAUUUACGUUUUGGGUGGAUCACGAGUUUCUCGCGUGGACUUAAAAGGCUGGAAAGCAUAGCUUACCAGAUAAACUUUUUUGUCAAAAGAACUCUAAGUACAGAAUUACGUCUUGCAUAAGUAACAAAGAUGUUUUGAAACUGAAAUCUAUGCAGAGAAUUAAAGUUACAGUUUUUAGAAUGUUGCUCUUGGUUUAGUAGUGCCGGCUAUUCAGAAGUUUACAGACAACAAUCCAAACGAAAAUUCCCCUAUAUAACAGAACAUUACUCUGGCCUUACAAUAUUAAAAUUAUUAGGAAAAUAAAUUUAAAUGUCUAAAGCUUGAAAGAGGAAAAAAAUUGUGAAAGUGGAAUGACAAAGCCAAAUUACACGUCUCCCGAAACAUGCCGGAUUAAUUUUCAUAUUACUUCAAUGGCGAAGUGAUUUGUUAGCGGUGGCGCGUACCGGAUUGCCAUGGUAUCGUUUAAGUAAAAAGUAUAAACCGAGAACGCGGGAUAUAAGUUAUAUAUUUACCCAAUGGGCCGCAGGGCCCGAGGGCAAAUAUAUGACUUAUAUCCCAAGUUCGAGGUUUAUAUAUAACAGAUUUAUUUUCUAGUUGAGGAGGUUUUCGAACAAGAUUUCAUCAAUUUCAAAGACUAUCUAUAAAGAUUUUUCGAAUUUUAUCGACAAGUUUAAUCUAAUUAUUUAUUCACGGGUUAUAACCUGUAUACAUCCGCAGUACAUCAAAGAAAACCGACUCAACUAGAAAAUAAAGAGGGGUAAAAACUCCUUGAGAUAUUUACAUUAGAAACAAUUGAAUAGAAAAAUAUCAAAUUUAUCGACAAACAAUGAAGAGUUCCGAAACGCAUGUCUGAUAUGGAAAAUAAUCCGGUUCGAGAAUAAUCAGGUGUCGUGUCAUUGGGGCCUAAUAUUCGUGCUACCGGUUGUUUUUCUUAAACAGAACUUUUUUUUCAUAUUUUGUAGCUAUUUUCAAAUAAGUGCUUGACUGCAGAUGAACUGUCAAAAAUCUUAAGUCUGUCAGUUAUGCUUGCUAAGGAAAGGUGAGAAUAUUAACGUUUAACCGAACUGUUCAAAAGAAGUGGCCAUUACUAGUGCAUUUUUUUAAACUGCUUUUAAUGUGCUGAAAUAAUUUUGCUACUUUCAGCUCCAUGUAAUGACAGUAUAUAGGCAGAAGACUUUAUUAGCGAACAUUUGAAGCUGAAUUGCGUAAUACAGUACUUUCCAGAUUAAAAAUUUUAAGAUACACUGUAAAUAUGGAAGUGUUACCACAACACCAAAAUCGGUGCAAAUUCUUGUAGUUGUGUGGACACCAAUAUGGUGUUAACUUACACUAAAUUUGAUGUCAAUGCACAUAUUUUCAGUGUUAAGUGGCUCCAUACAGUUUUUUGAAAAGUGGAAAAGACACAUUUCAGACCAAAAAAUGUUGUACAUUGAUAUUUUUAUAGAAGAAUGAAACCAGAUAUCUUGUAUAGAACAGUAUUUUGAGAAUCAGAAACUGUAACGGAAAAGUCCGUAACUGUGGUUACUAUGCGACAAUGACGUUUCAAAAUGGCUGCUAAUUUGGAUUUGAAGUAGUUUAAUUCGAAAACAACGUCGCGGUGACCCCCAAUUUUUAUUUUAUUAAAAGUUUUUUUCUAGUAUGAGCAAUCAUUAGGACAAUUAGAUCUACAGAAUUUUUUAAAAAUUGGCCUAAUGAUUACUCAUACUAACAGAUAACUUUUAAUAAAAUAAAACUUGGGGGUCACCGACAUUGUUUUCAAAUUAAAUUAAUUUUAACGCAAAUUAGCAGCCAUUUUGAAACGCGUGCGGAAAUUGCUACCACAUUUGGGCCGAAAAUGGUAGCAAUUUCCGCACGCAAUACAAAAGUAUACAAAAUUUGCACACUUUGCAAGGCUGUAUUUUCUGCAUUUUACAACAUUUCGCAGUCAAACUUUGCAGUUUUACUCAUUUUAGUAUGCUCUUUGUAGCUGUGGUGAUUUAUUUGCAUCUCCUUGCCUAGUUUUAAAAUUAGCCUAUAAUGAGAAUUGUCUAUUCAUCGCCAAUUAUUAUAAUGUGUCCCAACAGGUUCAGGUUAUGUUCAUCAUAAAUCAAGCAAGUGGUCGUUACUAUCAAUGUUUAACUGUUCUCUUGCAGGUUACUUGUGACAGAGAAAGCUGGCAAAGCAUGUCGGGAUGAUUCUGUUGAAGGUUCAAAAUUUUAUCCCAACUUUUUUCUCGAAACACCCGUUGAAUGAAACUUUGUGAAUGAAUUAAUUCCCCCAGAGGAAAUCGACGAGAAUUUUGAUUAAAAGACGCUGUCGUUAGACCAGGGCACGUCGCCUGUGGUUAUUAUUGUAAAGAAAGAACGUACCUAUGUUAAUACCAGCAUGAUAUUUUUAUGAUGUUCAAACUGAGUUUACCAUAUGUAUAGUAAUUGCAAUUUCAAUACUGUGCCAAAACGAAUGACGAAAUACACCCCUUACAAUAAAAGCGGGUGUUUUGUCUUUAUUUUUAUGUUUGGAAGACCGUUUAAUUUAAAAAAGUAUUGUCGCCAAUUGAAAAGCAUGUCAUGGCAAUUUUACAAAAUCGCUCAAGUCCUUGUAGUUUGCAAUUGGCAAAAUACAGUACCGUCGCUCAUUCACGCUUUUUUGAGAGUAUAAAAGUCUGACGUCUCGUGUACCAAAUAAAUCCAAAUUGACAACCGCCCCCCCCCCCUAACGAAAACAUUGCAAUAAAACAAUAGAAGUGGUGUCCAGUUAUGCCGGUGUUUACAAUAAAACUUGUAUACA